AUGGCAGCUCAUAACACUCCCGAUGGUCAUUCUGACAUCGUUUUUAUUUGUAUUGAAUGUAAAAAAGAUUAUGAUAAUAACACCCUUUCAUGCUGUGAGAAACGUGCUUUCAGUUCUUGUUUAGAAAAUAAAACUAGAGAACUAGAAAAAGAGUUAUCAACUACUAAAAGAGGAAUUAAAUAUGGAAAGAGAAGAAGUAGCCAAAUUCCAAGAGAAAUCAGAAGAGUGAAGUAA